CUGCGACUUAUUUUUUCCCCCGCUUACAGGCUCCAAACACAGGGCCAGGAUGCCUCCUGUGCCACAAGCCACAGAUGCCCCCCAGCUCUUCGACGACACCAGCUCGGGCUACGGGCCACCCCAGGCGGGCUACGCCACUCCAGGGAUCGACAUGAGUUUCAACCAGAUUUUUGCGGACCCGGUGGCUAACGUCGCCGUGGCUUACGGUACCACCAUUGCCUCCCAGGGAAAAGACAUCGUCCAUAAAGAGAUUCACAGAUUUGUUUCUAUCAACAAGCUGAAAUACUUCUUCGCGGUGGACACCACCUAUGUGAUGAAGAAAUUAGCUGUGCUACUGUUUCCCUACGUGCAUCAGAAUUGGGAAGUUCAAUAUCAUCGUGAUGUCCCUCUUACACCCCGCCAGGACGUCAACGCGCCCGAUCUCUAUAUUCCCAGCAUGGCCUUCAUUACUUACAUUUUGCUUGCUGGCAUGGCGCUUGGGCUGCAGAAAAGGUUUUCUCCUGAGGUCCUCGGGAUGUGCGCCAGCACGGCCUUCGUGUGGAUGGUGAUCGAGGUGCUCGCCCUUCUGCUGGGUUUGUACCUUGCUACAGUCCAAAGCGAUCUGGGCACGUUCGACCUUCUGGCAUACUGUGGCUACAAAUACGUUGGGAUGAUCCUCACUGUGGUCGGUGGCUUGAUUUUUGGGGUCAACGGCUACUACGUCACUCUGGCCUGGGCCUCCUGUUCUCUUAUGUAUUUCAUGGUUCGCUCCUUACGGAUGAAGAUCCUCACUUCGGUGGUCCAAGAGGGACUGAACCGGACAAGCGGACGGGCCCAGAUGUACGUCACCCUGGGCGCGGCUGCCUUCCAGCCCUUAAUUUUAUACUGGUUGACAGCCCAGUUGGUACAUUAAACGGAGCAGGAGGAGACAAGACCAAGCUGGGACGUUGGGGCCCUCUCUCCUUUUUUGGUUCCCCCCCUUCACCAACCCCAGCUCUGUCUCUUCCUCCCCCCUCCCCAAAAUAAGGCUUUGGGCUCCGCAAAGGAGGACAAGCAGGGUUCGAUCCCCUUGAAGAAUGAAGCGAAAGGCCGCGGGCCAUUCACCCAUGCAGCUUAAUCCAGGAGCAGAGGAGAGAGGCCAAGGGUCCGAGCUCAUUCAGACUCUUUAAGUUGUAGAGACAGUUCUGUGCAGAGUUUAACCGGUCCUCUGGGUGGGGUGGGGUGGGGUUUGGUCCUUUCUCAAGGAAAAAUGGCUUUUCUGUUCCUGCUUCCUCCAUUGGCAGUCUUCGUCCCCCGGGUCGGCAAGACCUUGCCCCUGGAACAAACUCCGUUUUGCCCUACAUUGGUGGGAGUAGUGAUUCUUCACAGUCCAUGACCCUUCCUUGCCAAGGUCCAAGGAUGGCUAGAUGGGGAGGGGAAAAAAGAUCUUUUAACAUCUGAACUGUUAAGAGUUUGGCUCUGCCCUCCUGGGGGGGGGGGGGGGGGGAGGAACAGAACCUGUUUUCGAUUUUGUACUGUUGCUUCCUUGGCGGAUUUUUUUUCCUUGCACGCAUGGUGAAACUUUAUAAAACUCUGUGGUGGCCAGAA